CGACUCAUUUAUGUCUCUUUACUGUCAUUUGCGUCAUUUAUUUGACCUUCUAACGCACAAAUAUUGAUCUAGCGCUUUAAAGCAAACUGUUAUCGUGUCAUUGUGGUAAUUUGACACGCUUUUGUUUGCUAGGCUAAUUGUUUUUCCCUCCAUUUUACUUUUCCUUGUUUUUUGUCUGCUCGCGCUCCCUUUUUCUCCCAGUCCGUGACGUCACGGGGCCGGUGCGCGUGCAGCAGCUGAGCUUGCGCCGCGGCCGGGUAGAGUGGAGGAGGCGGAGGAAGGACAGGGAAACUCCAGCCAAAAGUCUGCCCAGUUUCACGCAUUGUUUUACACAAACAGCGGCAUUUAAAGAGGUCGACGCCGCCGUCGCUGCCGAACACGACGCCGGAGUGUGUGUCCGAGCCGGGACUCGACUUCGGCCUGCGAAGGAAGUUGACGGUGUAUCGGGUGAACUUGUCGCGGGUCGCGGAGCUAAUGUUGUUGUUGUGGUUGUAGUGGUGGAUGUUAGCGACGAGACAACAGCAGCAGCAGCAGGAGGAGGAGGACUGUUGACCCAGCUCGUUUUACCCGAGACAAACCGGGACAAACGCAUAGAAGGAGAGGAGAAGAAGCAGCAGCGACAUGGCCGAGGCUCGGUCCGAGGAAGAGGAGGAAAACAUGAGGGACACCCGGGAACAAGUGGUCCGGCGGCAGCCCCGCUCCUCCGGAGGUCGUCCCGGCAGACGUAAACCAGAGCAUCGUCUCAGUCAAGGUCCACUGUCGUCCAUCAGAGCGGUCAUCAAGAGAACGUCCACCAGGCCCACAUCCGUCUCAGAGACGUCCAGAGAAAGAGACCGAGAGCGGGACAGAGACAGGAGGCGACCAGAGAUCACCAUCCUGUCUGCAGAGCCUCUGACCUCCGUGUCCUGGUUCCCUGGAGCCUCUGGAGGAUUCCCGCCUCCCCCUCCUCCCGCCGCACAGAUCUGGGGAUCCACCAUCCCUCCGGCCAUACAGCCUCCUCCUUCCUAUGAGGAGGUAAUCAGAGAGAAGACACAGGAGCAGGUUCUCCUGCCCCCGUUGCUGCCGCCGCCCUCUUUGUCCUUCUCCUCCUCCUCUUCCUCCUCUUGCUCCUCCUCUUCCUUGUCACGCCCCACGUCCACUAUAACCAUUGCCACACAGACGGACACGGGCUCCACUCCAGCCCCCGGAGACGACGGUGUGCAGCCGAGGCGACCGGUGAGACCGCCGCGACCGUCUUUCCCCUCCCCGCCCACAUCGUCUCACGCUGAUGACAUCACCACCAGCCUAUCAGCACUCACCUCUGUCAGCGGUGACGCAGACCUGUUCUCACGUUUGACUCCGUCCACCUGCUCUCACACCGAGCGCUCACUAGCUCCUCCCACCGCCGCCGGCUUGGAGCGCCCUAGACCACGCCCUCGCUCUAAGCUCAACCUCCAGCCAGUCAGCGGUAGCGAAGUCCAAGUCCAGACUCUGGUGAAAUUGCGUGAUGACGGUUUGGCCACGUUAGCAGCCCGCGCCGUAGCCGACCCCGCCACCAGAGGAGGAGUCAGUCAGGGGAAGUACCUGCAGGAGCUGCUUGAGGCCUUCAGCUCCGACGACUGGGGCUUCCCCGAACGCCACAGCGGCAGCAGUGGCCAGUCAGAGAGCGAGGAAGACGAGGAGGAAGACGGCGAGGACAUGGCGGCUCUGAAAGCGAGGAUACAAGCCUUCGAGCAGCAGGUGGCCGAUGAAAGCUGUGGCAACGCUGACGGCAAAGACGCCGUGUCAAAGAGACCCGAACCCCGGCCACGCCCUCGUCUCCAGGGACAACAGGCCAAAUCGGCCCCGCCCACUGUCGCACCAAAGCCCAAGAACUUCCCACAAGCUCCGAAACCGUCCAGCAAGGUAUUCUGGGAAGACUCAGGGUCAGCAGAGGCCGAACCACAGCUGGUCAGGACUGUCGAAAAACCCACACUCGCACCGAAACCGCAGUCCCCCACCGAAACGCUCCUGCCGUCUGUCUCCGCCCCUGUCCCCGCCCCCAGGCCCCCUCCACCCAAACUCACCCACUCUCUCAGUGAAGCGUCUUCCUCCUCCUCAUCCACUACAAACCCCAGACUUCCUCCCAGACCCGCGGUCGCCCCCAGAGGAAACCUGGAUAAAAGCUCCCCGACCCUUCCCCCACGACCCUCAGUGGAGGUCAGCAGCAGAGCGAAGGCGGGGCCUCCGGCUGAGACGCAGGAAACUGCCAAUCAAACUGUGAGAGAAGGAAGUGUACGUCUCAGUGUCGCGACCAAACCGGCUGCUGUGACCUCACCACGCAGAGCCAGUGCUCCGACUCUGGCUCCCAAACCCACUGGAGCUGCUUCCCAAAUGUCUCCAGAUCCAAACCCACUUCCGGCCAAACCUGCAGGACCCGUGACCCCGAAACCUGCUGCUCCAGCUCCAGCCAAACCUCCAGCUCCAGCUCAGAGGAAGAACCCGGUGAUAUCAGUUAAAGCAGAGAGUUCCAGUGCUGACCCUCCUCUUCCUCCACGGCCGUCAAGUGUUAAGCUCCUCCCCCUUCGCCCUCCACCGAUCAAAUCCAUUCCAGAGCGACCUCCACCUCCAGCCGUCACCUCGACCUCCACCUCAGCUCCACCGCCUUCCGUGGCUAGCCCCGCCCCCGGAGUGUUACCAACCAGUCAGUGUUCACCCUCGCAGACUCCUCCUCAUCCCACGUGUGUAACAGCCAAUCAGCAACAAAGAGUCCCAAAGAAAGGACCACCUCUGCCCCCGAGACCAAAACCUGGACAUCCACUUUACAGCAGCUACACGAAACAGGAAGUCCUGAUCGUCCUGGACGACCCCAGUCCUGCGCCUCCAGAGGAUCAAACCCCCGCCUCCCCUGUCACCAGCUUGUCUCAGUGUCUCCUGGCCAUGGACACACAGCCAGAGCCAGGUGUCCACCAGGACAGCGAGGGUAAACCCAGCCUGGACCUGAACCUCGACCUAUCACAGUCUCAGUCCAUCCUGCCUGUGCAGCCUCCUGAGCAGAAAGAACAACCAGAUGCUGCUCCUGUCAGUGGCCCGCGCUGCGUUGCCCUCUUCGACUACGAGGGGGAGGAGGAUGACGAGCUCACCUUCUCCCAGGGCGACGUCAUCGCUCUCCUCGAGCUCAUGGGGCAGGAGUGGGGGCGGGGCCAGAUCCACGGGCGAGUAGGGAUAUUCCCGCUUAACUUCACUGAGGUCACGGAGCCGCCGCCACCUCAGUCGGUGACGUCGCCCGAGGAAACGACAAAAACGGCGCUGGAUACGACGGUGACAGAAACUACUUCUGCACCGAAGACGCCACAGGACUUGCAGACAGAGGAGUGGGAGGUGGCUCUGUUUGACUUCCCCGGUCAGGCGGCGGACGACCUGUCCUUCCACAAGGGAGCGCUGAUCUUGGUGACGGAGCACGUUGACGCAGAGUGGAGGAGAGGAAGACUGGAGGGGAGGGAGGGGCUUUACCCGGCCGCCUUCACACAACCCUGCCAGGCUCGGCCAAUCACAGAGCAGCAGCAGACGGUGGGGGUGGCGGCUAAAGGAGCGGCGAAGGCGCUGUUUGACUUUGUGGCGGAGAGCGAGGACGAGAUCAUGCUGAAGGUGGGUGACAUCAUCACUGAGGUGGAGGCUGUGAAUGAGCAGUGGAUUGUGGGAGUUGUGGGAGGGAGACGUGGGAUCGUCCCCAAAAACUACGUUUCUCUUCUCUGACAAGAAAAUAACAAAUAUCGGGAACAACGAACGGCCGUGUAAAAGUAUUUUAAACGUAGCAAAAGCAGCUUGGAUUGUUUGCUUUUGUUUUUUUUCUUUUACCUGACUUCAGAAACAAAAAAAAAAUCUGAUGGGAUUAACAAAACGCUCAGUGUCGGACGUUGCGAUCUUUUCCUUCGUGGAAGUGGAUUUCAACGCGAAACCAUGAAGAUCUCGAACUCUUUUCUCCACAAACUUGUUAUGACGGGAUUUAAUGUAAAGACGGUCGAGCGGGACAUUUCAGUGGGACAUCUAAGUAAGACAUUUCAACAGAUAGUCCUUUCAAGAUGUUUCAGUGGAACAUCUGAGGGGGACGUCUGAGCAGAACGUGUCUAUAGGACAUCUAAGUGGAACAUUUCAAUUGAUCGUCUGAGUGGGACGUUUGAGUGGGAAUACGAAACGGAACAUUUGAGCAGGAUUUCUCAAUGGGACGUUUCUGUAGGACAUGUGAGACGGAACAGUUGGACGCCUGAGCGGGACAUUUCUGUGGAAUAUUUGAUCGGGAUGUUCAACGGGACAUUUCGGUGGAUGUCGCAGUGGGGACUCUUCUGUUUGUCUACAUUGGACACAGGAGUUGGAGUUCUCAGUGGGACGCGUGAGCGGCUUUUACUCUGCGACUUCAGCUCUUCGUAGCUCGCUGCGUCGAAACAGAAGCUGCUGAGCUCAGCAGAUUCACAGUCGACGUAAUGUACCUUUAAUUCUCCGGAGUCACAGUUUGAAUCAUCACUAAAAAAGUGUUUUGGGUUUAUUUUUCAUUUCACGGAAAGUCGUAAACCUUGCAAUUUCCUUUCACGGUGGUGCGCGUUUUUCGAAAUGUGGGGCAUUUUAAUCCCUAUUUAUUUAGUUUUUUUUUCCCAGAUUAAAACUGAUACCAAGGUGCUAAUGCUAAGCUAACGUUAACUUACAUAAAGUUCAUUGCUAACUUUCAGUCCCGCCCCGAUACGGGAACUGCCCAAAUUCUCGAUAUAAUAUCGGGACAUCGGCUCUUUUGUUUUUUUCAACUCUGCAGCGCGCAAUUUUAUUUUUAUUUUGUUAAAGAACUUGAGCAACUGAACGCUAAUAAUGUGACUUUCGCAUCAAGCAGAAAUGACGUCGACUUUUAACCUAAUUUCAUCGCAGGAAAAGCAAUGAAAAAAGAGUGUGAAAAAAGCACCCGAAAAUCGUAAAUAAACACAUUAGCAAUAGGUUUUUGUUACAAUUUGCAUAAAUUUAUGACUGAUACAAAGUGAGCCACAGACUGAUGACGGAUUUAUUGCAAACUUUAAAAUUAAAGUAAUCUAAAUCCGAUUUAUUGCUAUUUAUUUGCGACGUUUCUCUCUCCUGCUUCGCGUUCACAAACGCUUCAUCUUCUCCAUUUUCACUUUGACUGAAGAUAAAACACUAAGGUGGUCGGUGUUCUCUUAUACUCGCCCUUAUUCCGUUAUUUAUUCUCGUUUGUAUUUUUGAAAAUUUCAGUCACUUUUUCGCUAACGUGUCGGAGGCGUCUCUGGAACUGUGUGUGUUUUUCACGUGUAAUCAAACAUUCCCAAGUUUUAAUCCAAAUAAAAUUUUCAUCAUUUCAUAUUAAACCAGUUUUUUCAUAAUUUUUAAAAAACAGAAUACGCAAAUGUGGACGAAGUGAGUCCUUGUGAGUGCCCCCUCGUGUUGUAUUAGAAAAACAUCGUAAGAGGAAAGUGUCUGAAAGUUAUUAAAUGGUGAUGUUUUUGCUGUGGGAGGAGCUAA